GUAUCAUGUCAGCAAAAAUGACACAAUAUGACCUGACAUAAGGUGUCUAAAAUGAACAAGUUCUAGGGCUAACAAUUGACCAUGAAGAAAACCAUAUUUACGAAGAUUUACCAUGGUGGAAUCUUAUUCGAGAUAUUUGUCCCUACUUAUGUUGGAAAUUGUGUGUCUGCACUCAGGGACUUAUUCCUGUCUUGUUAGAAUUGUUACCAAAUGUUGAGAAAAGGAUGUGUGCUAGACAUAUAUGGAAUAACUGGCAUGUGAACUGGAAAGGAGAAAGAAGGAAACAGUUUUGGAGAUGCUCAAAGGCCUCGUUUGAAGUCAAGUUUGGUGAAAAAGUUCAUGCAAUGUCUAAGUUAGUAUGGGGGGGAGCACUUCUCAACCUACAAGUCAAGGAAAUUCAAGCAAACAAAGUUAUUCUCAAACAUGAUCUACAAUGGAAGGUCCAUAUACAAUGGGAGGUCCAUCACAUUUUACUUCCAGAAUCACAUAAGCAACUACAAAAUCAAGUCAACCAACUUCUAUUUGUGUUGACACAACAUCUGUGCCAAGACCUGCUCAAAAUAGAGUUCAAGUUGGGACUGAAAGAGGAUUGGGAAGAACAAAAGCUAAUGCAAGAGAAACCUCAUUUGUUACUGAAAGGGUUAGUUCUUCUAGUCAAUUGUCACCUUUAUCAGGUCACAAGAGAUCAUAUAGUUCUGCCUCAUUUGCUAUUGCUACUGGAGAAAACAAAAGGCUUGCAACUGGUUUUGAUGUUUACUCUGAUCCUACAACUGGAGCCCAAGUAUUUACUCCUGGUAAAUCAAGUGAGAAGAUUUUGCAUAGGCCAAUAAAAUUGAAGAGUGCUUCACCAACCAAUAUAAACAUUGAUUUUAAACUCCGUGGCCUAAAAUGGAAGAGAAAAGAUGCAGUCAGCACCUCACAGUUGCAACAAAUGAAAGCUAAAAAGAAAAAUUAGAAGUAGUUAAUUUGGAAAGUUGUUAUGAUUUUGGCCCAUGUUAAAAGGGUCUUUUUUAAAAACAAGUUACUCUUUAGUUUAUUUGAACACUCGUCUAAUGUAUUUUUGAACAUUGUUUUUGUGUUAGCAAUACUAUGUAUUUUUGAACCAUGUAAGACAAUGGUUUUUGAUUA